AUGAGCUUCUUUCUUCGAAAAACCAAGUUCAAAUAUGACUCACAGCUCGACAGCGAUAGCAUUAGGCUCGUGCGAUUUCACAGGCCAAGGCGGACACAGCGAACAGCGGAGUUGAGUCUUGAGUUGAGUGUUUGGCAACUCCAAGCUUCUGAAAAGCUUGGUUAUCACGCACUCUCAUAUACCUGGGGGCCACCCGAAGGCGACGACCGUUACACCUCUUCCGACAUGCGCCAAAUUCUACUCAACGGCAGGAAGUUUCAGGUCUACCCCAACUUGCACGACGCUCUUGUCCAGCUUCAAGAUUCCCACAUCGCCGAGUAUCACUGGAUUGAUGCAAUUUGCAUCAACCAGGAAGACGAAAGUGAAAAAGCAGCUCAGGUAUCCAUGAUGGCUCAUAUCUAUUUCUCAGCUGCCCAGGUCAAUAUCUGGAUCGGACAGAGCGACGAAAACACAUCCAUGGUAAUGGACACGAUUAGAAAAGUGGCAAAG